CCUGUCUUAUUUGCAAUCGAAAUCGAUCAAUUCAAUUUGAAGGUGGCGGAGCAGGAUUAUAGAAGGCAAGCAAAACUGGUCGUAAAAAUGUCUGCGCUUCCAAAUUUUGAGGAGUAUGUCGUGUGUCCAUACGAUAGCUCUCAUCGUAUAUUGCCGGUCCGCUUGACCUAUCAUUUGACUCGUUGUGCCAAGAACUUUCCGUCGUCCAAAUUAGUCCGCUGUCCAUAUAAUACCACCCAUCUACACUCGGCUGCCGAUAUUCGGAAUCAUGUCAUCGAGUGCCCUGAUCGAUCGACCGCGGAACGCUUCAUGUUGCCGGACGUAUUGCCGCCUGCGGAACCGCGAGCACGUGAAUUUCUGAUCGAAUCUGCUGAGGACUGGGAUGCCGAUCCGCCAGUUCAGACUUACAAUCCGGCUACUUACUGUGAGAACGCGCUCGUCAUCCGUAAUCUGCAAGGAGCUCAGCCCGCCGUUCGCCGGGCAUUCCGCGAAAGCGAACGCCGGCGAUUCAGGGAAAAGAAUCAGCUUUAGAUGCUCCAUGUUACGUUCCAUGAUACCUACAUAUUAAUAUACAUAUACACAAUAUUACAACCCAUACAACAUACAUAUCUACAUAAAGCGAUCGUUUUAAGUUCUUAAAUACGUACAUUUGUAUGUAAUUUGAUACAUUUCCAAGAA